AGGACAUGUAAUUUUUUUCCGACUGCAAUACCGCGAAUUAUUCAUUUGCAACGUAUUUAUUUUUUUUGCACGCGAUUUACAAUGUCUGAUACCAAAAAUUUCGAUGGAGUUUUGAAUACUUCGGAAACAAAUGCGGAGCAAAGGGAUUCGAAAGUAAACGCUGAAAAUGGAGUCUCAUCUGCUAGGCCAUCCAUGGUCUCAUCUGCGGAACAAAGCGCAGAAGUUCCUGCAUCAGCUAAGCAGUCUAUAGCUUCAAACAUGGAUGAAAAAACUAUUGCAUCGGAAACAACUGGAAUUAAUCCCGAAGCGAAUAUUAGAGAAUCUGUUAUAUUGUCCCCUAAGAUACCACAAAGUCUUUCCAGUUCUCCAGGCCAGUCAUUUGGCACCGCAAAGUCUCAUACAGAAUCUCAACUUCCAGGGGAUGACAGAGCUCGAAAAUCAGUCAGUUUAAGAUCUGCAGUUACGGAAGGAAGUGCGAGUGCAUUUAGUGGUUUUUCCGGUACGAGAAGCCUUACUCUGGAAAAAAGUAGUGUGGGGUCAAUUCCCAGCAGUGGUAGCAGAGCAUGGUCCGCGGGACGCUCUAUAGAGCGAAGAAGUAAUGCAAGUGCUUCUUCAAGAGUUAGCGCAGAAAAUUCCAAAAAUCAUUUAGACGACCUUAAUAGCACUGACUUAAUCGCAACUGUAGAACAGCUGCAAAAAAAUGUUAAACAUCUUGAAUUAGAAAAUAUAGUAUUUCUUCAUUUUUUGGAAAAGAACGACCCCGAUUUAGCUGCAGGGCUAGACACAGCUGUAAAAUUUGAGCAAGUAGCACAGGAACGAGCUUCAAUUUCAGCGCGAAAACUCACACUAUCAAGACCCUCAAGACGAGAAUCCCUGUUUUUCGGAUCUACUACUAGUCUCGUAUCACCAUCAGGGGUUGGAGUACAAGAAAAAGAAGGCCCAAAGGUUAACAUAACACAAAAAACGGAUAUGGUUUUAAAAGAGAUAGACCUUAUUGAGGAGUCAUUGGCCCAAGUGAAUAAAAAAUGCCAUAAAAUACGACAUAAGUUGAAGGCAGAAUUAGAAGAAAUGAAUAUUAGAGAAAGCGAAAUUAAGGAAACAAUGCAAACCUUUGAAGAUGUUUUUAUCAAUGGAAUAGUUGAUAAGUAUCCUCAAAAAAAUCCAGCCGACAGGUUUGCGAGAUUUAUGGAAGAAAAUUUUAAACAAAGUCGAACGAUAACAGAUAAGCUGCGAUUGAGAACCAGUUCCUUGAAGGUUCAGUACCACAAGAUUUGUAGUCAGCUAACCCAAAAAAAGUUACUUGGAGAAAAUUUACAAGAAGUAGAUUUUGACCAACUCCAGAUUUCCAAUACACGCUUAGUGGAAAAGAUAGAGAAAAGAAAUUUGCUUCUUUUGGAACUCAAAAAAAUGCAUGGUCACGCCAACUUGUUGCUUAGCCGCACUAAAAAGAUUUUAUUAAAAAAACUGAAUGAUUUAAAAGAUAUCAAAGACACAAUAGCAUUCAGAGAAGUUAUGAUCGUUAAAUUGGACGAUGAAUCCGAAAAAGUUGCUGCUGAAUUGGAAGAAACUAAAACGGAAUAUGAAAAAAUCAAGGAAAAAAGUGAAAAUUAUCGAGUACCACCUGUCUUAGACUAUGUAAAAGCAAAAGCUGAACUAGAUGUGCUCAAGAAAAACUUGAAAAUUUGGGCUAGACGAAAACAAAUUAAAGACAUGGCAUUAAAUGCCUCUAUUAGAGAAAUGAAAUUUACUACUGGGCUAGUGAGGCCAAAGUCAUCGUGGUUUAUAACUCCUGAGGGUGGCGUUGGCUCUCAAGAUGAAUUUGAAUUUAUGUUUCAAAAGCAGAAACAAGUAAGAGCGGUCAGGAAAAAGCGACCUCGUAGGAAAUAGCGAUUUGCUCUUCGAAGAUUUAGAAAUAAAAACAUUUCCGAAUAGUAGAUUCUUUUAAUUUGGUUAUUAAAUUACUAAAACUGUUAUAAGUACUUCAUACAAUGUUUUUAAAAACAUAUAAAUAAGCAGGUACCUAUGUAUUCUUAUUUGUAUUGCCUAUUUAUCAUAAAAUCUUAUGCACGUUAGUCAAUUCAAAGACAGUAUACAAAUGAAAAUACUAAGUACAAAAGAGCAGACUCUUCGUUUUAAUAACAAUAAUAAUAAUUUACUUUUAAAUGGUCCAGUACCUGAUUGUUAAAAUUCGAAAAGCUGAUGUUAUGUUUGAACAAAACUAUGUAAUGGACAUUGUUAGUAAGUUUCUCAAAUAGUCUGAUCAUGUUCAUCAGGUGGCACAUGGAUAAAUGAUCCGUAGUUAUGCGGGGCCCAAGAGGGUGUAUGCUGUAUUUCUAUAAGAUCUCAAAAGUCGUUUUCAUUUUGUGAUAAAAUAUGUGAUUAUUGAAUUUCCAAACUUGUGUUUGAUAAAUAAUAAUAAUAAAAAUAUAUAUGUAUUAUCUCAUAAUAAGUAGUAACAC